AGCCCGGGCGAGGGACGCGGCCGGGCGGCGGCCCGAGGGCGUCCAAGUUCCCGGACCGCGCUCCCGCCCGCCGAGCCCCGCGGACCCGCCCCCCGGGCUCGCUCCGGCCGGCGCGAACCCGCAGCGGGGCCGGGGGCGCGGAGGUCCGAACUUCGGGGCGUGCGGCGCCGCGCGUGCCGGCGUCCAGCGGCCGCGCCACCGGUUGCUGGCGACGUGGGGGCGCAGGGCCUCCCGCGCCGAGCAGGCGGACGUGGGGCUCGCCGCCGCGGUCCUCGCCGACCGGGGGUCUCCGGAGGUCCGGUGGAGCGGCGAGCCGUUGCUGAGGCGAGGCCUGCUGCGGGGAGCCGCGGCGCCUGCGAGAGGGAAGCGGGUUCCCGCGGAAAGGAUGGACGUGCCGUUAAGUUUUCUCAGGCUGUCAGCUGAUCCCUGGGUCUGAAGCCGCCGAACGCGCGCACUUUCAUUUGGACCUUUGGAUGCUAUUGACAGAUGCUUGAGACGUUCAAGUAAUCUUCAGAUUGUGGCAGAACCAUAAAGCCUGUCGUUUGUGCAGGAAGGAGAUAGCCCAUGUGCUGUGGAAAUGAACGGGGAGCAGCAGCUUGAUGCAGAUGCUGGAUCUGGUGUGGAAGAAGUGGAAUUAAGCUGGGAAGAUUACCUAGAAGAGACAGGGGCAACAGCGGUUCCCUAUGGAUCUUUUAAACAUGUGGACACACGUCUGCAAAAUGGAUUUGCUCCUGGGAUGAAACUGGAGGUGGCCGUGAAGACAGACCCUGAGACCUACUGGGUCGCCACUGUCAUCACCGCCUGCGAACAGCUGCUCCUCCUCCGCUACGACGGCUACGGGGAGGACCGCAGAGCAGACUUCUGGUGCGACAUCAGGAAGGCUGGCCUCUACCCCAUCGGGUGGUGUGAGCAGAAUAGGAAGACCCUCGAAGCCCCGGAAGGCAUCAGAGACAAACUGUCCGACUGGGGUGAGUUUCUGCGGCAGACCCUCACAGGAGCCUGUAGUCCUCCUGUCCCGCUGCUGGAGGGCCUCCGUAAUGGGAGGAACCCUUUAGAUCUCAUUGCUCCAGGUUCCAGGCUAGAGUGUCAAGCUUCCCAGGACUCUCUAAGCACGUGGCUUGUCACUGUAGCAGAGAACAUUGGGGGAAGGCUGAAGCUGCGUUAUGAAGGGCUGGAAAGUUCUGACGGUUUUGAACACUGGCUGUAUUACUUGGAUCCGUUUCUUCAUCAUGUUGGUUGGGCUGCUCAACAGGGAUAUGAGCUCCAGCCCCCAUUAGCCAUCAGACAUUUGAAAACUGAAGCUGAGUGGGAAGGGAUCUUGGCCAAAGUGAGAGAGGAAGAGGAAGAGCCAUUGCCGUCUUAUAUAUUUAAGGACAAACAAGUGGUCAGCCCUCAUUCAUUCUGCAUGAAUAUGAAAUUGGAAGCUGUGGAUCCCUGGUCUCCUUUUGGGAUCUCUCCUGCUACGGUUGUGAAGGUUUUUGAUGAGAAGUACUUUCUGGUGGAAAUGGAUGAUUUGCGACCAGAGAAUUGUGUGCGGCGAUCUUUUGUGUGUCACGUCGGCAGUCCUGGUAUUUUCCCUGUGCAGUGGAGUCUGAAGAAUGGUUUACACAUCAGCCCCCCUCCUGGUUUCCUGAGCCAGGACUUUGACUGGGCCGACUACCUCAAACAGUGUGGUGCUGAAGCUGCCCCCCAGAGGUGCUUCCCUCCGUCCGUUUCUGAGCAUGGAUUUAAGGAGAACAUGAAGCUGGAGGCCGUGAACCCUCUUUCCCCUGAAGAAGUGUGCGUUGCCACCAUUACUGCAGUGAGGGGCUCCUACCUGUGGCUCCAGCUGGAGGGUUCUAAGAAGCCCAUACCUGAGUGUAUUGUGAGUGUGGAUUCCAUGGACAUCUUUCCUUUGGGCUGGUGUGAGUCCAAUGGCCAUCCGCUAAGUGCUCCUCGCCGGGCACGAGUACACAAACAGAGGAAAAUUGCAGUGGUUCAACCAGAAAAGCAAAUGCCGUCCUUGAGGACUGUCCAGGAGGGCCUGAAGAACCAGGAGCUGAACCCCACAGACUCGGUUAUGAUUAAUGGAAAAUACUGCUGUCCAAAGAUAUACUUCAACCACCGUUGCUUCUCAGGGCCGUAUCUUAACAAAGGGAGAAUUGCGGAGCUGCCUCAGUGCGUGGGCCCUGGGAACUGUGUCCUGGUCCUCAGAGAGGUCCUCACUUUACUUAUCAACGCAGCCUAUAAACCCAGUCGUGUCCUUCGGGAGCUGCAGCUGGACAAGGACUCCGUGUGGCACGGAUGCGGCGAGGUCCUGAAAGCCAAAUACAAAGGAAAGAGUUAUCGGGCUACUGUCGAGGUGGUGAAAACUGCAGACCGGGUGACUGACUUUUGCCGGCAAACCUGUAUCAAGCUGGAGUGCUGUCCAAAUCUCUUCGGUCCGCGGAUGGUUCUGGAUACAUGUUCUGAGAACUGCUCUGUGCUUACAAAGACCAAAUAUACACACUAUUACGGCAAGAAGAAAAAUAAAAGAAUUGGAAGGCCACCUGGAGGGCACAGCAACUUAGCAUGUGCCCUGAAAAAAGCCAGUAAGAGGAGAAAGAGGCGGAAGAACGUUUUUGUUCACAAGAAGAAACGCUCGUCCGCGUCUGUGGAUAACACGCCGGUGGGGUCCCCGCAGGGAAGCGGGGCUGAGGAUGAGGACGACGCGGACGAAGGGGACGACUCGCUGAGCGAGGGCAGUACGUCCGAGCCGCAGGACGAGCUGCAGGACGAGUCGGAGGCGUCGGAAAAGAAGUCGUGCUCCUCGUCGCCCGCGCAGAGCGAGGUGUCGGCCCCGCUGCCUCCGGACGCGCCGCGGAGGAAACGCGAGCUUCUGGGCGGGUCCUUUUCCGACGAUGAGAACAAGCCGCCCUCACCAAAGGAAAUAAGGCUUGACGUUGCUGAAAGGCUCCAUCUGAGCAGUAACCCCCUGCAGUGGAGUGUGGCAGACGUGGUCCGGUUCAUCAGAUCCACCGACUGUGCUCCACUAGCCAGAAUAUUCCUGGACCAGGAGAUUGAUGGGCAGGCCCUGUUGCUCCUUACCCUCUCCACCGUUCAAGAAUGCAUGGACCUAAAGCUGGGCCCCGCCAUCAAACUGUGCCAUCACAUAGAGAGGAUCAAGUUUGCUUUUUAUGAGCAAUUUGCUGACUGAGAAGGACAACCAAAGUGAGCUGUGUCUUUGACGCACAAAUGCAGCAAACUCUUGGCCCCACUCCACAAGCAGAGUGAAAAUAGUCCCGGGGCCCUGGGCCCUGCAGGUGUCGGCUUGCUCUCUGCACUUUCAGGAAGGAGGACCCUCACUGAGGAAGCAAAGGCUGCACAGAAGUGGCCCUCCUGCCAGUGGGAACAUGGGCACCUCUUGUUCAACAGGGUGCAGUCUUUAAAAACUGAAGGUUGUGAAGAAAAGACUCACAUAAGAAGAGGGAGCAUUUCCAGUGGUGAGGUCUGCGAACGAAGCAGGACGGCUCAUGGAAAGUGCCCUUUGGCGGUUUUCUGCUUGUUCCUGUUGCUUCCCAUCUAGUUUGGAAAGAGAGGCCAUAGCUUUAAGUCAGCACUGAUUUGGGACUAUGCCUACGGCACAUCAGUGCUUCAUUGUCAUUGUGUUUUUAAGCUUUUUAAAAUUAAAACAGUUCCUUUUGGGGAUGA